CCCUCCUUCACUGCAGAAGGCAGGGCAGGUUAAAGUAGGAAGAAGCUAGAGGCCAGUCUUUCUCAAAGCAAGGAGACUGCUUUCCAGGCUUAGCUGACAUGAUUAAAGUACUUCUGAUUUCUACAGUUUUGCUCCUUUCUCAACACCGAGGGACUGCACGAAGGGAAUUACCUGGGGUGAAGGACUACGAAGUGGUAUAUCCACACAAACUACACACGUUACAUAAAAGAGAUGUAGCAGGAAAUCAAAAUCCCAACAAAGGGGCAAGAUAUGAUGACAGGAUGCAAUAUGAAAUUAAAGUCAACGGUGAGAAAGUGAUACUUCAUCUAGAAAAAAAUAAGGAUCUAUUUGCCAAGGAUUACUCUGAAACUCAUUACUCACAUGAGGGUCGAGAAGUGACAACAAGUCCUCAGAUCAAGGACCACUGUUUUUACGACGGUCACAUCCAAAAUGAUAAUGACUCAGAAGCAAGCAUCAGUGCCUGCAGUGGUUUGAAAGGAUAUUUCAAGACCCAUGGUCAACGAUACCUUAUCCAACCCCUGAAGCUCACAGACAGCGAGGAACAUGCAGUCUUUAAAUAUGAAAACCUGGAAGAUGUUGAAGGCCCAAAAACUUGUGGCGUAACCAACACUACCUGGGAAUCAGAAGAUCCUAUCAAAAAGUCCUCUAGAUCCAGCACCAGUCUGGAAAAAAAGGAAUACCUGAAAGCAAAGAAGUAUGUUGAAGUCUACAUAGUUGUAGACAAUGCUGCGUAUAGGAAGUACAACCGCAACAUGGCGAGUAUAAGAACACGGGUUUUUGAAAUAAUCAAUUACAUCAACAUGGUUUAUAAAGCCAUAAACAUUCAUGUGGCUUUGAUUGGUCUAGAAAUCUGGUCAGCUGGGGAUCCAUUUACUGUGAAUUCUUCAGCCGGCACCACGCUGGACAAAUUCUCAACAUGGCGUCAAACGGACCUGCUGAAACGGAAGAAGAAUGACAAUGCUCAGUUACUCACGUACGUAUGA